AACUUUCUUCACACCAUGGCUUAUCCUGGCUCCUAUGGCACUCACCCCUACGGUCAGCCUAACCAGCAAAAUCAGCAGUACCCUCCACCUCAAUAUCCACCACCGCCUCAGCAAUAUGGAGGUUAUCCUCCUCCUCCAUCAUCCUAUGGCAAUUAUCCUCCACCUGUACAGCAAUCUCCUUACUCGCCUACACAGCAAUCUCAGUACCCGCCUCCACAGCCACAGUACGGUAAUUACCCUCCACCUCCUCAACAUGGCUCAUCUUCCUAUGGCAAUUAUCCUCCACCAGGUUCAGGCCCAUAUUCUACGCCUCAGUCUUCUGCACAUAUCAAUCCACCCGCUUAUACAGGCCCCGAUCCUAUCUUCAGACCCACAGAUCCUACUCUAACUCAAGCCAAUUAUCCUCAGCCUCCUCAUUCAACGCAUAAUCCGGCUCCAGUACCGUAUGGUCAACCUCAAGGCGGUGCAGAUAAUUUCGUGAUGCAUGUCAAUCCGGUUAUGGAAAACCAAGCACCUCCCAACUUUCAACUUUCAAACUGUCAAGGAAGAAAGAGAGCCUUGUUAAUCGGUAUCAAUUAUUUUGGUUCGCCUAACCAGUUGAACGGAUGCAUUAAUGAUGUCAAGAACCUUAAAGAAUUUUUAACCUCCAACUACAACUUUAGAUCUGAGGAUAUGGUUGUCUUGACUGAUGACCAAACCGAUCCACGAUUUAUUCCAACCAAGGAAAACAUCUUGAAGGCGAUGCAAUGGCUUGUACAUGAUGCUAGAGCAAAUGAUUCAUUCUUCUUCCACUUUAGCGGCCAUGGUGGUCGAGUCAAGGACGCGAAUGGUGACGAAGACGACGGUUAUGACGAGACAAUUUAUCCUGUCGAUCAUGACCGAUAUCAAGGUGAAUCUGGACAGAUUGUCGAUGAUGAAAUGCAUGAGAUCUUAGUUAAACCUCUUCCUAGAGGAUGCCGUCUUACUGCUAUUUUCGAUAGCUGUCAUUCAGGUACGGCUCUUGAUUUGCCCUAUGUCUACUCCACUCAGGGCGUGAUCAAGGAAGAAAACAUGUUUAAGGAUGCAGGCGCAGGUAUACUCAACGCAGGACUGGCUUAUGCCAUGGGUAACAAGUCUGGCGCACUAUCGAGUGUGCUCAGUCUGGGCAAGAGCUUGAUGAGUCGAAAGAGUGUGGAUGAGCGAGUGAAGAAGUUCAAGAGCUCAGAAGCAGACGUUAUCACCUUUUCGGGAUGUAAAGAUAAUCAAACAUCUGCAGAUGCUAUGGAAAAUGGCAAGAGCACAGGCGCAAUGAGUUUUGCAUUUACAACUGCCUUACGUCAAAACCGUCAACAGACCUAUCUUCAGUUACUCAACUCCAUUCGUGAAAUCUUACGAUCCAAGUAUUCUCAACGUCCUCAGCUGUCCUCAUCGCAUCCAAUUGAUGUCAAUCUUUUAUUCAUUAUUUAAAUUAAAAUGGAUAAUCCAAUUCACCUUCUGAACUCUAUCAUAAUAAAAUAAGCUGUUUUGGACUCUUGUAUAAAGGUGUAUACUUAC